ACUUUUUUUUAUGUGACCGUGCCCAUUUAAGGGGUUAAAAGUGUGGUACCAAAACUCUGACACUAUUCCUAUGGGGACUGCUCAAAUUUAUGCGGGCGCUCAAUGAGGAGCAUAGGAAAAGUCUUCAGCAGCAGGUGGGAUAAGACAAGCCUCCUCAUCAUUUCCUAUAAGGAUCUACGAGAUCUUCCUCGUACACCGGCGUUAGCAGCUCCAGGUUUACUCGUCUGUGACUAUUCUUUCAGUCAGCAAACAUCCGGCAUUGCGCAUGUCUACAUAAACUCCACCAUUUCCCGCCAACACGUUUCCGAGGCAACAAUCAAUUCCUUCUGCGAUCCUGAUUAGCCCCCCCGCGACUGACGUCACGAGUAGGCGGGAAUACACGUCCAGACCCGGAUUUUUUAAAAAAGAGGCCAGGCCUGAGUAGUAGAUUACUACACGCGAGGAAGAGGAGGAGAGUGAGGGGGUGGGGAACGGAGGAGGGAGCAAAUCAACGCCAGAGAGGAGAGAUUCAAACACAAACAACUGGAUGGGCACCUACCCAUCGGCGUCGGACACAGACUCUUCGCCCGCCCAGCACUAGAUCCAGGCCGCAGCGCCGCGUCCUUGAGUUAGCUCAGCAGCCCGCCGUCUGCGCCUCCCUCUCGGGCCUGCCCAGCGCUCCGGCCCGCAUCACCUCUGAGUGUCUACAGCGUUUCCCGCUCUUUCCUCAGACUCUGUACCAAGGCCUGAACCCCCGCCAUGUCCCGCUCUAACAGGCAGAAGGAAUACAAGUGCGGAGACCUGGUAUUCGCCAAGAUGAAGGGCUACCCACACUGGCCUGCCCGGAUUGAUGAAGUCCCAGAAACUGCUGCAAAGUCCUCCUCUAAUAGGUAUCAAGUGUUCUUCUUUGGGACGCAUGAAACAGCAUACCUAGGUCCUAAAGACAUAUUUCCUUAUGAAGAAACCAAGGAGAAAUUUGGAAAAGCAAACAAGAGGAAAGGUUUUAGUGAGGGACUGUGGGAAAUUGAGAAUAAUCCUACAGUUAAAGCUUCAGGAUAUCAGCCUUCUCGGAAAAGGAGCUCCAAAGCUGGUGGGCGUGGUAGCGGUGAUGCAGCGAAGGAUGGAGAUAAGGCAACGCCAAAGAAAAGCUCAGAAGAUGCUGAAGAGGAGGAAGAUGAUGAAGAGGAAGAAAAGCCAGAGGAUGAUGGAAAGAAGAAAGGGAAUGAUGGCAGUAGUGAUGAAGAGGGAAAGUUAGUGAUUGAUGAGCAGUCUAAGGAGAAAGGUGAAAAGGCAGCAGCCAAGCGGAAAGCAGAGGAUGCGGCAGAGACUUCUCCCAAAAGAGUCAAGGCAGACGAAGAGCAGGAAGAUGAAAAGUCUGACGAUAAGGAACCUCCAAAAGAGGGCAAGCAGACACCGGAGGAAAAAAUGGAUGACAACAGUGAACCUCCUGCAACAGAGGUUUUAAAAGUGGAGAAGACAGAAGAGAAAACACUUUUAGAAGAAACCAGUAACAAAGAGACAAGCUAAAAUGAGUCUCCCUUUCCUGACUGGGCAGAAUCCUGACUUCCUUUUCCUGAAUGGGGAGACGUGGAUGCUUUAAAGAAAAAUACUUUAAAAAGAGAAAUAAAUGGGGAAUGAAAAAGUCAUCAACAUCAAUUUGGUUACGUCUGCAACCCGAACUAAGAAAAUGUCAUUGAUUUUAUUUUACACCUUCAAUAAUAGAUCAGUUUAAGUAAUAUUCUGCCAGCUGAGAAACACUUUCUUAACAUCUGGUUGGUAGUGCUGGUUCUGUUAAAUUACAUACUGUUACCUGAUGACAGCACUAGCAGCCAGUGAUUCUAGAAGGUUCCAUCUUUAUGGCUGGGCAGAAGACUUCAGAUAUAUUUUACCUCCCAUUUACAAGAUCAGAUUGCUACUAUCUUGUAUUAAUCUUAAUUGAACAUACCACUGUUUGUUUUCAGUCCAUUUGUACAAUUUUUACUCCCGGUCCUUGGUGUAAUCUAUAUGGUGUCCCUAAGGGUCUAGGGGCAAAUUCAACUUUUCUUACCAGUAAAGGUUUUGUUCCCACCCACAGUAGCCUAUGUCAGACAUAAUUUUUAUUUGAUACCCUCUUCCCACUAGCUGCACCAAAGAUGUCUGAUCCCAUUAAAGAGGUCCUCCAAUUCCACAUGUUGAUGGCCUAUUAGGUUAGGUCAUUAUUAACUAGUCUGCUGGGUGCCAAGACCAGACACCCACACCAAUCAGCUGUUUGGUACCACUGCUGUGGCCAGAAAUGUGCUGCGAAGGGAGCUGGAAGUAGCUAUGCCAGGUUACUGCAGCCUAGUUCCCAUUGAAGUGAAUGGGAGCCUAGGUACAGCAGCCCAGCAUUGCCUCUACACAGUGAAUUGGAGCCAGGGCUUUUAGCUUCAUUGACAUGUGGAAGUGCUGGACAGCUUAUCAGUGAUCUGGUAUUAAAUCCUCAAGAUGCGCCAUUGAUAUAUGUGGACUUGGUGAACCCUUUUUAAGCUAUAAAGUGCUUUUGACAAUUCAAUAUAUAUAUAGAAUUUUUUUUUUCUUUACUGUACCACUAUCUUAUCCCCCCCCCCCUACAGAAGAUUUUCUCUACUUUAGCUAAGUUUGUUAGAUCCCACAGUGUAAAAAGGAGACCUUUUUAACCUAUGUGUAUUUUAAAUUUUGAAUAUUAAAACUGGAUAUUUGUCUGUUCUCUAUUGCUUUUUUUUUUAAUAUCAGACCCACAUUGUCAUAAGUGUGUACAUUGUAUGUAUAUUUACAUUGCUGUUGGCAUUUGUCAGCUUCAUUAAGGAGUAGUCCUGGUUGGAAGGAAUUGCUAUAAUAUAAACACUAAGGCCUGAUUUAACAAUCAAAGACAAACUGUCUGAUUUUGGCCACACUUCAGCUUUUAUCUUAAUGGGCUCUGGUAAAAUGAAAGCUGAGCUUUGAUUGGUUUCUUUGAAAUUACACUAGCUUUUCUCACAGAUUGAUAAAUGUGGGCCUAAAUUUAUAAUGUUCCUUGUAGGCUUUGCUUAAAACCUGUAGUAGCUAGUGACAUACUGUUUAGGAUCAGCCAUCAUAGCAUUUUACCUCCUAUUGCUUUUGCCUCUGUGGCUCAUUACUGCUGCUCCAGUUAUGUGAGUACAGGGACUAAUCUUUAUAUGUUAAUGUGGUUUGGCUGUGCUAAAUAUAGUGUUAACCUGUCCAAUUCCUCUUUUCUGUUGUGCCUGGUCCUUCUGCUUAACACGUUUUGGUCUCUGUCUACACAGAAGGACGUGCCUACUUAACAAGUCACCAGGCUCUUCCUUUUGUAGUGACAGAUAAGAAAGUGGGAAGCACCAGGGCCUGGCUCCAGCAUGAUGACUGCGGGCUAUCUGCACAGUUGUUUGUUUUUUGUUUUAGCCCAGCCACAUAUACAUAAAUGUUAAAAUGAAAGUCUGGUUUAAUUUGGUAGUUAAGAAAUGUUCUGGGCAAAAUUCAGAAACACAGCUCUGCAAUGGAAAAAGUCUUACUGGCUGGUAGACCUGUAAUUAUGUUUUGUGUGGCAAGUGUUCAGAAGGGUAUUUACAGGUAUUCUCAUCUCAACCACUUAUGUCAUAUUUACAGGAUACCCAAGGUCAAGAUUGUGGGUUCUCUGACGCCUGCCACAGCUAUUAGAGAAUGGGGAGGUGUCUGCUCACCAUCUUCCUACUUUUUUGUGGCCAUGUGGCUAACAUGCCUUUUCUGAUGUAACCACUUGUUUAAAGGCUACGGAAACUUUUCCAUUGACAUUCUACUAUUUAGCUACCAGAGGUUAGAUAAAUCGGAGUCUGGUCUUUCUGCACUGUCAGCUCAGGUUGACACUGCAUUUAGGCUGGCUGUCACAGGUAUCAUCAGCAUCCUGACAAGAAUUGGAUGCUGUAGAGAAGAACAAUGGUCCAGAACUUUUUGUAAAGACAGCUUUAUUGACUCACAUCACACACUGAUAAAAGCGACUCUACCAACAGACGCAUUUUGAUCGCUCGAAACUAAUCUGUGGGAUAGUAGCUUUUAUCAGUGUGUGAUGUGAUUCAAUAAAGCGGUCUCUACAUGAAGUGUGCUGGACCAUCGUUCUCUUUUCUGCAUUGCUCUUUGCCUUGCCAGGCACAGGUCGAUGUGCCGUAUUGGAGAAGGGUGAGCUGGAUUUCACUUCUACACUGAGCUAGAAUUGGAUUCUGAUUUAUAAUUUUGCAGACAGCAGCAGGCACAAUACAUAAUACAGGGUCACAUAAUCUGGGCGGAUUUCUAUUGUACACUCUCUAUUUUAACGCCUUCCCUAUCGAUGACAGACAUGUACGUCAUGGGUCGAGAGGGCGGACAUGACUGGGGCCCAAGGGUCAGGUCCGCGGCAUUACCAGGAAAUGUUCACUGCUAUCAGGAGCGGACAUCUGCCGGUAAUGACUGACUUCGGCGAUCGUGCUGAGGUCCGUUAUUUAACUGGUUAAAUACCGUGAUCGAAUUACGAUCGAUCGAAUCGCUUUACGAAUUAACGCGAAAAUGCUUUUACCGAAUAUUCUGAUUGAGAGUUUUUUCGUGACAUAUUAUACUUUAUUUUGGUGAAAAAUUUUCGGCGUUAUUUGCAUCCUUUUUUUGUGAAAAAUCCCAAAAGUUCAUGAAAAUUUAGCUUUUUUCUAACUUUGAAGCUCUCCUCUACUUGUAAGGAAAAUGGAUAUUCCCAAUACAUUUUAUUUUUCUUCACAAAUACAAUAUGUUGGCAUCAUAAAAUGGACAUAUUUUUGCUUUUAGAAAAAAUUAGAGGGCUUCAAAGUAGAGCAGCAAUUUUCAAAAAUUUCAUGAAAAUUUCUAAAUCUGAAGGGACAGAUGUUACAGAACUACAACUCCCAGCAUGUCUUCCUAGUGGUUGCCACAGUAAAGAUCACUUUACUUUCACUAUCAAUUUCACCCCCUCCCCAUAGAUUCCCUACCUGAGCUAGGAUCCAGCAGUCUCCAGCGAAGAUCCGGGGUCCCCAGGCAUCUUCUUUGCAGGUACCAUGCAGGGGGGGGGGGGAGGGUUGCCAUGCGAACUCACUCCUAGCCCUCAGGAGGAUCGGGGCUGUCUCUGACAGCUCCGAUCAUCCCUAUUUUCCGGUUGAUCGGGUCACCAGAGACCCAAUCAGCCCGGAAUAGCAGAAGAUCGCAUGUCUGAAUUGACAUGCGAUUUUCUGCGAUCGCCGACAUGGGUGGGGGGGGGGGGGGGGUUUGGUCUGCUGAAUGAUUUAAGCAGGCAUUCCGGUCCCCAACUGGCUAGCGGCGGGGACCGGAAUUCUCACGGGCGUAUGCAUAAGGACUCGGGAUGCAGGGCGUAUGCAUACGCCCAGCAUCCUGAACAGGUUAAACACUAAAUUCCGCUAUUCCCUGGUGUCUAGUGGUCCCAUGGGCUAUGGAUUGCUAGGGAAGCCUGAGGUCUUACCUGCUCCUCUGUGUCUUCCCUGGCUCUUAUGCUUGGGGCUCACUUAGGCAACCCUUAGCAAUCGAGCACAGAUUUCAUAGAUCAAUGUAAUGCAAUAUCAUUACAGCAUCUAUGUAAGCCAUCUGAUGAUGGCUUAUGAUCUAGGGGGCCCAAAGAAUGUGUAUAAAGAAAAAAAGUGUAAAUUAUUUUUAAAAAAUCCCUCCCUAAUUCAAAUCACCCUCCUUUUCCCAUUUUCUAAAUAAAACACUGCAUAAAAAAACACAUUUGGUAUCGCCCCGUGCGGAAUUGUCCGAACUAUUAAAUUGUUUCUGAUCCUGCACAGUGAACGGCGUAAAAGCAAAAAAUUCCAAACUACAAAAUUGCUGAUUUUUUUGUUACAUUGCAUCCCAAUAUAUUUUUUAUAAAGUAAUUUAAAAAACAGAACUACAAAAUAGUGGUACUGUUAAACUACAGCUCAUGGCACAAAAAGCAAACCCUAAAACAGCUCUGUAGGUGGAAAAAUAAAUGAACAAAGUUUUUUUUUUUAUAUAUUUCAAGGUUUAAAUUAUUAACAAUAGAACGAUACAAACAUUUUUCAAGUUUAUCAUUGGCAACGUUCUGACCCAUAGAAUGGAAUGUCAGGUUUACCAUAUUUAGAACUCCAAAAAAAUUAUUGCCCUACAAAAUUGUGCAAUUCCAGAUUUUUUUUAAAUUGCUAGUCAUGUAAUUUUUUUUUUCUGGCUUUGCAAUAUAUUGUAUGAUAAAAAAAAAUAAAAUAUGGAAUCAUUGGAAAGUCCAACACGUCACACAGAAAAAUAAGCCCUUAUACAUCUUUCAGUCGAAAAACAAAGUUAUAGGCCUUAAAAUGUAAGGAAGCAAAAACAUGAGCCAGAAAUCAAAAUUUGCUGGGUCAUGGAGGGGUUAAUAGGACCCAAUAGCACUACAGACCACAUUGUUGAGUCUCAUUAAAAUGGCGUACACCAGCAGAAAGUGCCCCAUACACAAUCAUUAGGUUACUCUGUUUGGGUUAUUGAAAGAAAUGGCCCUGUUGCUGUCCUCUACUGUGUAUGUCAGCAUUCUGUUUCAGGAAGCAGCCAUGUUUUUAUAGUCUCAUACAAUAUGUAUAUGCUCUGUCCUGUAGCUUGUAUAUAGCGGUUGAGAUUUAAUUGUAUGCGGCCCAUUUUGUACUUGUUCUAUAUAUUUGAUGCAGCCUUAUUGUUGGUCUCUUCUGCUUUUUCAGUGAAAUAGUCUUAAACGAUCCACUCAACCUAAAACUAACCUGUAGCUCUUAAUGAAGCGCAUGAGCCCUAAAGGAUCAGAUUUCUUUUAAGGCUGUAUGAAAACUUUGGUUUAGUGAUGAGACCUCCUCCUUAAUUUGCAACAGCUUUCAUCUAAUCCUCAUUUAUAAAGGGUUGCAGCCCACAAUUAACACAUCCCAUGUCUGCUUACGCACAAAGUGAAGUAAUUUUGUAGGUAAAGUUUAUAAUAAAAUUAAGAGGCAAAAAAAAUUUCCAUAUGAAAAUUUACCCAGAAGAGUCAUUUUUACUUAAUUUUAUACUAAUUUUUACUCUCAUUAAAACAAAUUUUUGCUAUUGCACUCCUUAUGGGAAAUAAAAAAGAUUUCUAAUAUACUUUGUUUAAAAAAAAUGAAGUUUUCUAUGUUUUAUUUGUGCUUUAAAAAAAAAAGCUCAAGAGCACAUUUCCCCCCCCCAUCUCAGCAAAUUUCCCCCCAAAGUCCAAACACAGGAAGUGCAGCCUGGAGUGCUUAGGGGGGUGUGUCCAACCAACAGCAUAUGGCAGUUAAGUGUGAGCGGAGCUAUGAUUGGAUGAGGCUGGACACACCCCCUCAGCACUCCAGGCUGUGCUUCCUGUGUUUGGACUUCUGUCCUAAUUCUGUGUAUAAAAUGGGGGGGGGGGGGGGCCAAAAUGUGCUCUUGAGCUUUUUUAAGCACAAAUAAAACAUAGAAAUCAUUUUUUUUUUAACAAAGUAUAUUAGAAAUAUAUUUUAUUUACCAUAAGGAGUGCAAUAGCAAAAAUUAAUUUUAAUGAGUGACCCUUUAAUAUUUUAUCCCUUCCCCACUUGCCCAUAUCUGUAUCCACUUCCUUCCCAUUCUCAUCUAGCUUUGUGAUAUAAUCAAUACAUUUUGUAACAUGCAGAGAAGUACUUUACCUCUGGCUUUUAUUUUCCUAUAUUUGGGAGGAUGGGAGUUUUCCUUUUCAGGUUUUGUGGUUAUGAUGGAAGAGUUUGUUGAACUGUAGAUUUUGGUAUAGUUUUAAAACUGUAGACUGCGGAUCUUUUGGAAAAAGUUUAUUAAAAAAUAAAAAAUC